GGAGUUUCGACACAGCGGGCGAUUCCCCCAGCAAGGGAAGAAGACGAGAUAUUUACGCGAGGAGUCUUUCGGAGACGCGCGUCGACCCCAAGCUAUCGCUCGUGUACGACUUUCUUUCCUACAUUGGCUGCACAUACAUCGCGGGGUUUUGUCGUCACACCUUGCUGACCAUCAGUCCUGAUACAGGCCAGGAAUGUCUGAUGCAAUGCAGAAGAAGGUUGGACAGGUCCGCCUAGUGACUGAAUAUACAGAUAAGAUCUUCGACUCUUGCGUGACAGUGCUCGAGGAAGGCUUUGCGAAGCAUCCGCUGACGGCAGCCUCGCAUGGUGGUGAUCCAGAACUGCUGCACCUCGAGACGCUCCAUUUGGUGGCUCUGGCCUUUACCAAAUGGGCGAUCUUCGCAUGUGGCGAUGAUGAAGAGGAGAUUUCGUCGGUCAUGCUAGUCAAUCCCUCGGCCGUUCAUCCCAUUCCGGGGUGUGCGGCCUCCAGUUCAGAGCCUGAGAUGGCGAAGAAUGCCAAAUUGUACGAAGAGCAGUACGAAGCGAAACUACCGCAGCAUCUCAAAGAUUGGCGUGACCAUGUUUUCGAAACUGUUCUCACUCAAUGUCGAAGUGCAUCUGCGGGUGAUGCAGAACCACCUCAUCGAAUCAACCUCAUCGCUAGUAAGCCUUCUGCUCGAGGGAAGGGUCAUGGAUCCGCUCUGAAGCGCCAUCUACUGCGGAUCGCCAGGGAGCAAGAUGCAUCCGUCAGUCUGAAUUGUCAAGAGGAAGCGACACAUAGGUGGUAUAGCUCUUUGGGCUUUGUGACGAGAUAUCAUACGACCUUUGAAACGCCGGAUCACGAGACGAUGUCGCUGUGGAGCAUGUUGUGGCAGAAGGCCGAGUAGAGUAUCUGGACUUUGUGGGACAUUGUACGCUUUGAGCUGGUCGGGUGCGGAUCGCUGCGAAUGGAUGCACCCGGGAACCUGCCGUAUUUGAUGUGUGAUCAGUCCCGAAUGAUGAUGCAAUCAAGUUAAUCUUCC